AACAUAAGUAGUAUUCCAAGACUCGCCAUUCGACAGACAAUACAAAACAGUUAGUAGUUAGUAUCUUCGCUUCGGUUAGUGGAUGUGGUUUGUUCGAUAGCACUUAGUACCACUUUGUCGUGUAUAAUUUACGUAUAUCUUUGCAAUGGUAUCUAGUUCAAUGGCUUUAUUGUGGAAAUCUUUGUUAUUAAUUACAUGUUUUUUGGUAGUGGUUAAAUCUCAAGGUUUUUUCAUUGGGUACAAUCCGUACAUUGGUUAUGCAAUACCAAAUAAUAACCGAAAUAAAUGGGCAAGGGCAACUCAUAUCAAUCCACUUUUGCUACCAGAUUUUAACGACUGGGUUGUAGAUGAUGAUGGUUGUCGGACUCCUACUGGUGGUACUGGUGACUGUAUACCUGUAAGACAAUGUAAAGCGAUGAUGGACGUUUUACGAACUGUAAAAAGACCAUUGUCGCCAAGCAUUAGGAAGCAGUUAAACGCAUAUUUCUGUAGUUUUGCAAACGGCAUGGCUAACGUUUGCUGUCCGCAAGAGCCUAUCAUAAUCCACGAUGAUUCGGUGCCAGAAGUGCCACAACCCCCACCAGAUGUAUCUAAUCAUAGAAACUUAAAUUUACUACCGUCUGAUUGUGGUUAUCUAGAUCCAAAUGAUAGGAUUAGAAACGGACAGAAUGCUGAUUUAAAUGAAUUCCCUUGGAUGGCUUUACUCAGCUACAGAACAAGAAGGGGUCCAGAUUUUAAGUGCGGUGGAACUGUAAUUAAUAAUAGAUAUAUCCUUACAGCUGCUCAUUGUAUUUCAAAUUUGGAUACACCGCUGUUGGGUGUACGAGUGGGAGAAUAUAAUACUAGGACUAGACGUGACUGUGUUAUAGGCAAAGAUGGAUCUGAAAAGUGUAAUAAAGAUCCUGUUCAAGAUUUGGCCAUAGAAGAAAUUAUUCCACAUCCCCAAUUUGAUGCUACCGUAAUCUCCAACGACAUUGGACUUUUAAGGGUGGCACAAAUUAAUUUAGGUGUUGAAAACGCUAGACCAGUAUGUUUGCCGCUUGGUGAACAUCGAACUGAGAAGUUGAAAAGAGUAACAGUUACUGGAUGGGGAGUAACAGAUACACAAACAGGAGCCACAAGUGAUAUACUUCAAAAAGUUGAUUUACCAGUAGUCGACUUGGAUUAUUGUAGAAACGUAUACAAGAAUCAAAGUCGAGCUCGCAUCACCUACAAGCAAGUUUGCGCUGGAGGUAAGAACAAGCAAGAUUCUUGUCCCGGUGAUAGUGGAGGACCACUUCAUGUUGCCGGAUUGAUUGAUGACAACGCUCGUUACAUCCAACAAGGUGUCGUAUCUUUUGGACCCCGUGAAUGUGGCUUAGAAGGUUUUCCAGGAGUUUACACCAGGGUGGCUUAUUACAUGGACUGGAUAUUAGAUAAUCUUAGACCUUAGUUUUAUUAAAGUUUAUUCACUCUUUGUGAUAGGAAUGGAUCUUUGAUUGUAGAUAACAUGCUAAAGGAUGUACCAUUUCAUUAUCAGAAUUCAAAUUGCUAACGCUAAAACAAGCAAAUUAAAUGUGAUAUAUUUUUUAGAGUUAUUAAAAACAUUAAAUUUGUACAUAUUAUCUUUUAAAUGUUUUUAUUUUAAAUUUGGACUAAGGACAAAAAAUACAAUAUUCGCCAAAUUAAACAGUACCGAAACUAAA